UCGCUCGCAGCACCCAGCACACCGCAGCCGCCGGCCGGCCGCCGCCCCACGGGUGACCGUCACGCCACAGCCGCCGCCCACCCUCGCCGUCUUCCCCUUCCCACCUUCCCCGCCAAGCCAAGCCGCCGCCACCCUUCCCUCCAAAACCCUAGCGAAAAAUUCCCCAUUCCCUCCACGAAAGAUUCAAUUCAAACCCCGCCCCCAAAUUUUCAAUCCUCCUCCCACUCCCACCUACCCACCCGAAAAAAUUACCCAUUAAAAUCCCUCCCGGAUGCGCUCCAUUUCUUCCGCCAUGAGGUCGCUCCUCUCCGCCCCCACCUCCUCCCCCGCCUUCCUCCCCCGCUCCACCGCCCUCCGUCCGCUCCUCUCGCUCCCUUUCCGGCCGGAUCUUUCCCGCCCCAGGCCCCUCGCCCCCCCUGCUAGGUCGCUCUCUAAGAAGGCGGCGGCGGCCAAGAUUCGGAUAGACGGUCGUGGUUCGGCGAUGGAGGCCCGGGAAGCGCAGUCGGGCGAGAUUCACGUCAUCGUCGGCCCCAUGUUCGCUGGCAAGACCACCGCGCUUCUCCGGCGGGUCCAGGCCGAGGCCGGCACCGGCAGGACUGUGGCACUCAUAAAGUCUGACAAAGACAAUCGAUAUGGAUUGGAUUCUGUUGUGACCCAUGAUGGCACAAAGAUGGCAUGCUGGGCUCUACCAGAGCUUUCAACUUUCCAAGAUAAAUUAGGGAGGGAGGCUUAUGAUAAGGUAGAUGUCAUAGGUAUUGAUGAAGCCCAGUUCUUUGAUGAUCUUCAUGAUUUCUGCUGCAAAGCUGCUGAUCAUGAUGGAAAAAUCAUUGUAGUUGCAGGGCUAGAUGGCGACUACAAAAGGAACAAGUUUGGCUCAGUGCUGGACAUCAUUCCCCUGGCUAACUCGGUCACCAAGCUAACAGCACGGUGUGAGUUGUGCGACCGCCGGGCGUCCUUCACGCUGAGGAAGACGCAGGAAACCAGGACCGAACUCAUUGGGGGAGCCGAUGUGUAUAUGCCUGUGUGCAGGCAGCACUACUUGGACGGGCAGCUUGUCAUCGAGGCCACACGAAUUGUCAUGGACAUCGAAAGAUCCACUGAAGUAGCGCGCUGCUAGUUAGGGGUGUGUGGCAUCGCCUUAUGCAGAAAUCUCCAUCUCUUCAGUAUGUCAUUCAUCCAACAGCAUGUUGAGAUGUGCUACCAGUGUGUGCCUGUUAUUAAGCACCUGUGGCGUCAUGCCAGCCUAAAUUUUCAAAUUAUGAGGCAGUGCCAUACUACCUUAGGAGAACGUAAGUAAGUUACAACUUGCGCAGAUUGUAAAUAUUUACCAGUUGGGGAUGUUGGUGCAAACAACUCUUCUUUUAGAAUAACCACCUUUUAAUUUGAAAUUGAUGAGCAAUUGUCCAAAA